AUGAUUGAAAGGAAACAAUCGAGGUAUUACAUUCUGACGAAUUCGGAAUGGUUCGCGUUAACAUUGUCAUGGAUUGUGUUGUUCAUGACAUUUCCCGUUUCUUUAAUAUUUUGCGUCAAAAUUGUCAAAGAAUAUGAUAGAAUGGUGGUGUUUCGUUUAGGGCGAGUUUGGAAGAAUAAUCCCAAAGGUCCCGGGCUGGUCCUAGUUCUACCAUUUGUUGACGUCCAUAAGACAGUAGAUUUAAGAAUAAAAUCCUAUGAUGUGCCAUCUCAAGAGAUGCUUACCUUGGACAGUGUGACGGUUGGAGUAGACGCUGCUGUAUAUUACAGGACAAGUGACCCAAUUGCCAGUUUGACACGUGUCAAUGACGCUCAUCUCUCAACCAGACAGCUUGCUCAAACAACACUUCGGAAUGUGCUCGGCACUCGAAAUUUAGCACAGAUCAUGUUUGAUCGGCAAGGAAUCGCGACUCAAGUGAAAUAUAUUCUGGAAGAUACGACAUUCUUUUGGGGAAUUCAUGUGGAACGCGUCGAGAUCAAAAAUAUUCGCCUACCGCGGGAAAUGUAUCGUGUGAUGGCUGCUGAAGCGGAAGCGCAGCGCGAGAGCGAUGCAAAAGUUGUCACGGCUUUAGGGGAACUAAAUGCUUCACGUGCGCUUCUUCAAGCCGCUGACGAGCUAGCGGGCUCUCCAACAGCUCUUCAAUUAAGAUACCUUCAAAGCCUUGUGAAAGUGUCGGCGAUCGACAAUCAUACAAUAGUAGUGCCAUUGCCAAUGAACUACAUUUCACGUAAAUUUCUUAACAAAUAA